AUGAUCUUUGCUCUUGUUCUAAGGCCAGCACGGGGAUCAUCGACCUCGAGAUUCCUGAAUCCAUACGUGAUUUGUUUCAUUGUUGUAGCAGUCGUGGUGGUCCUGGCAGUGAUCGUAGCUCUACUCAUUCACUUUUUAGCUUUUGAUAAAAAAUCUUGCUUUUUUCACAGCAGCUUUCAAAUUCGAAAUGUUCAAUAUAGCAAUCAGUUAAAUUCACCAGCUACACAGGAAUACAGAUUAUUGAGUGAAAGAAUUGAAUCUAUGAUUAGUCAAACACUCCAAGGAUCAAACUUAAGAAAUCAGUUCAUUAGAGCUCAUGUUGUCAAACUGAGGCAGGAUAGUAAUGGUGUGAUAGCAGAUGUUGUAAUGAAAUUCCGAGUCACUAGAAACAACAAUGGUGAUGCAAUGAAAAGAAGGGUUCAGGCUGUUUUACAGCAAAUGCUGAAUAACUCUGGAAGCUUGGAAAUAAACCCUUCAACUACGGUAACAGAGAUUACUGGCCAGGAUACAGAAACCAUCUUCACCCAACAAUGUGGGGCCCGUCCAGACCUAAUAACAUUGUCUGAAGAGAGAAUCAUUGGAGGCACCCAGGCUGAGGAGGGAGACUGGCCCUGGCAAGUCAGUCUCCAGCUUAACAACGUUCACCAUUGUGGAGGCAUUCUGAUCAGUAACACGUGGAUCCUGACAGCAGCUCACUGCUUCCGGAGCUACUCUGAUCCUCGUCAAUGGACUGCCACCUUUGGUAUUUCCACAGCAGUUUCUAGACAGAGAAUGAGAAUAAGGACAAUUUUAAUCCAUAACAAUUAUAGAUCUGCAACGCAUGAAAAUGAUAUUGCAGCUGUGCAACUUGAAGGAGCUAUCACAUUUACAAGAAACAUCCAUAGUGUGUGUCUCCCAGAGGCCACUCAGAACAUUACACCUGGUUCUUCAGCUUAUGUAACAGGAUGGGGGUCUCUAGAAUAUGGUGGCAACACGGUUACCUAUCUACAGCAAGGACGGGUCAGAAUAAUAAGUAAUGACGUAUGUAACGCACCAGCGAGUUACAACGGCGCUGUCUUGCCUACAAUGGUGUGUGCAGGAUUAUCUCAAGGAGGAGUGGAUGCAUGCCAGGGUGACUCUGGUGGUCCACUGGUACAAGAAGACUCACGCCGGCUUUGGUUCGUUGUGGGCAUUGUAAGCUGGGGCUAUCAGUGUGGCCUGCCUGACAAACCAGGAGUGUACACACGAGUGACAGCCUACCGUGACUGGAUUAGAGAACAAACGGGGAUCUAG